AUGUUGCACGGGAGGACGAGGCUUGUGAUUCGCGCCCAGAAGACAGGGCCACAGGGCACCGUCCGCCUGAGGCAGGGAUCCCGCCCCGCGUCGCCGCUGCCCCAGCUUGGCGGCCUCGGGCUGUUUGGCACCCUGAGCUCGAAAGCGCCCCAGCUUGGCGGCGCCAAGGACCCCCGCACUGUGUUUGUGGCCGGCUCGACGGGCGUGCUGGGCGUGCGUAUUGUGAGGGAGCUCCUGGCGUUGGGCUUCAAGGUCCGCGCCGGAGCCAGAGAUGUGGCCGCCGCAAAGGAGAGCGCCAACACCGCCGCAGCCAUCGGCCUACUGGACCAAGGUGCGCCCGCGGCCGCGGGGCCGAUCCGGGGCGGCGGGGGGCGGCGGAUUGCGCUGCUGCGGCCACCCCGCGGCGGCAGGGCUUUCGCGUGCGCGGAUGCCUCCCUGUCGCGGCUGUCGGUCGUUGAGUUUGACCUGGAGGAUGUGGACAGCCUGGCGCCCGCCAUCGGCAACGCCGGCAAGGUCGUCUGCACUGUGGGGGCGCGCGAGGCGCUGGAGCCGUCCGCCCCCAAGCGCAUCGACGGUGAAGGCACCAUCGCGCUCAUCGAGGCGGCCGCAGCGGCCGGGGUGCAGCAGUUUGUUCUCGUCUCGUCGCUCGGCACCGGAAAGAUCGGGUUCCCGGCCAGCGUGCUCAACCUGUUCUGGGGGGUGCUCGUGUUCAAGCGCCAGGCCGAGGAGGCGCUGGAGCGCAGCGGGAUGAGCUACACCAUCGUGCGACCGGGCGGCAUGGAGCGGCCGACGGAUACCUACAAGCGCACUCACAAUCUGGUGCUCAAGCCGCGGGACAGCCUGUUCGGGGGCCAAGUCAGCCGCCUGCAGGUCGCAGAGCUCGUGGCUGCGCUGGCGUCCAGCCCCGGCCUGGCUGAAAACAAGUGUAUCGAGGUGGUGGCUGAGGAGGGGGCGGCCGCGGCUGACCUGGAGGACCUGCUGAGAACCAUCCCCGCCGAGAUCACCAAGGAGGCCCAGGAGGAGGCCCGGGCGGCGCUGGCCGACAGCCGCCGCGAGCUUGAUGCGGCGCGUGCUGCGGCCGACGAGGCCAGGGAGGUGUUCGAGGAGGCCAGCGAAAAGGCUGCUGAGCUGGAGGCUGCCCUGUCAGAGGCCAAGUCGGAGGAGAGGGCGGCGCGCGCGGACGCGGCGGCGGUGCUCAAGGAGGGCAAGGCGGCGCAGCAGGCGCUGGCGGCUGCAGAGGGCAGGCUGGAGAAGGCGUCCCGGGAGGAGGCGGCCGCAAGGGCCGUGCUCGACGCGGCCAAGAAGGCGGCAGCUGCCGGGCAGCUGCUCAGCGCCAAGGAGCUGCAGGCGGUCGCGCAGGAGGCGCUGCGCCCCAAGCCGCAGCAGCAGGCCGCGACCUCGCGCCCGGCGUCGCCGUUUGGCGUUUUCACUCAGAAGCAGCGCGCCGAGUCCCCCGCGCCCGCCGCGGCGGCGGCCGCGGCCACCGCGUCGUCGCGCGCCGCAUCCCCGCUGGCUGCGUUGUUUGGUGGCCCCAAGGCGGCCGAGCCAGUCGAGGAGGAGGAGGAGGAGGAGGAGGAGGUUGUGGUGUCGCGCCCCACCUCGCCAUUUGCCGCGCUCUUCGGCGGCGGCGCCAAGCAGCAGCAGCAAGAGGAGGCAGAGGAAGAGGAGGUAGAGGAGGAGGAGGCCCCAGCACCCGCGGCGCGCGCGUCGCCGUUCGGCGGCCUGUUCGGCGCGCCAAAGGCCGCGGCGCCCGCGCCCGUGGCGCCGGCAAAGGCGCCCGAGCCGGCACCCGAGCCGGCGCCCGCGCCCGCGCCCGUGCCGGCCGCCAAGCCGGCGGGGCUGUUUGGCGGGCUGUUUGGCGGUGGCGCGGCGCUGCAAGUGGAGGAUGACUCCAAGAUCUCACCCGCGGCGGCGCCGGCGGCGGCCGCCGGCCGCGACGACGGCGCGCGGCGGGAGGCGCUGGAGGUGGCAAAGGCGGCGGCGAAGGAGCAGCUGGCGGCGGCAGCGGAGAAGGAACAGUCGGAGCGGGACGCACUGGACCGCAUCAGGGCGGAGCGCGAGGCUGACGCUAAGACGGCCUCCGAUGCCAAGGCGGCGGCAGAAGCCGAGGCGCUCGCGAAGUCCAAGGCUGCGGCGUCCGAGGCCCGGAGGGCGUCCGAGGAGAAGGCGGCGUCCGAGGCGGAGGCGGCCGCGGAGUCCAAGGCGGCGGCGGAGGCGGAGGCUGCUGCGGAGGCGGAGGCGGCGGCAAAGGCGCGCGCGGCGGCGGAGGCGGAGAGGGCGUGGGCGGCGGCGGCGGCAGACGUGAAGGCCAAGGCGGACCGCGCGGCCGAGAAGAUAAGGGCAGAGGCCGCCGCGGCGGCCGAGGCGGCGGCCGAGGCGGAGGUCAAGUCCAGGGAUGACGGCGUCAGGUCUAAGCUGGCAGAGGCGAAGCGCAAGGCCGAGGAUGCGAAGCGGAAGGCCGAGGAGGUCGCGGCGGCGGCGGCUGCGGCGGCGGGGGGUAGCUCGGACAGCGACGGGGCGGGCGCUGGGGCCGGGGAGGGGGAGGCGCCGGCGAACGUGCAGGAGGCGGCCGCGUGGGUUGCGGAGUGGAAGGCCAAGCAGAGCAGCAGCUGA